UUCACUUUGGGAAACAGUCAAAUAAUUGGGCGCGAAAAUGCCACUUCCUCUUCUGAAGACCUGCCUCCUCCUCCGUCCGCGCCUAACCAGAGACUUGACAGGACGCACUGCAGAACAGCCUACUGAGCAGGAGUAUAAAGAGCCGGAACAGAGAUGUUGAGUCAGAAGGACCCACCAGUGGACCGGGGGCAGGCCACAGCCAUCAUAGUCUUCAUCUUGGGUCUUGGCUCUUUGCUGCCAUGGAACUUCUUUGUGACAGCGUCUCUGUACUUCAACGAGUGCCUGAACGUGACGCAGAACAGCACCCAGGGGGGCCAACCUGAGGACUACAGCUUCAACAGCUGGAUGACCUUCCUGUCCAUGCUGCCCCUGCUGCUCUUCACCCUGCUCAACUCCUUCCUGUACCAGUGGGUGCGAGAGCGGAUUCGCGUGGUGGUCAGCAUGGUCGCCAUCCUGCUGCUCUUCUCCCUCACGGCGGCUCUGGUCAGGGUCCAAAUGGACCCGGACACCUUCUUCUCAAUCACCAUGGGAACCAUUUGGUUCAUCAAUGCGUUCAGCGCAGUGCUCCAGGGCAGUCUGUUCGGGCUGGUGGGGCUGCUGCCCCCCCGCUACAGCACGCUGUUCAUGAGCGGCCAGGGGCUGGCCGGGAUCUUCGCCGCUCUCGCUAUGCUGUUCUCUGUUCUGGGUAAUGCAGACAUCAGAACUGCUGCCCUGGGGUACUUCAUCACCCCGUGCGUGGCCAUGUCAGCCGUCCUGGCCUGCUACACCCUGCUGUCCCACCUGGAAUUUGCUCGUUUUUAUCUGAAUCGAGAUGAGACGGUUAAUCAGCCGUUUGAAAAGAUGCCCGUUGAAAGCCUGGACAAAGAGUUCCUCAAGAAGUCCAAAGACCCAGAGUCUCAGGUCCUGCAGGACCUUAAGCAGCCAGAAACACAGCAGCAGAGAUCCUCUGUCUUUGCGGUCUUCAAAAAGAUCUGGGUGAUGGCCGCCUGCGUGACCUGCAUCUUUGCCGUGACCCUCUCUGUCUUCCCCGUGAUCACGGUCCAAGUGAAGACAGUCUACAGAGGCUCAGCUGGAUGGGAGAAGGUAUUCACCUGCGUCUGCUGCUUCAUCGUGUUCAACUCCCUGGACCUGGUGGGCCGCAGUGUCCCAUCUCUGGUGCAGUGGCCAUCCAAGGAGAGCCGUCUCUUCCCGGUUGUGGUGUUUUCCCGCAUGCUCUUCAUCCCGCUCCUAAUGGUGUGUAACAUCCCCGACUCCCGGCUUGCCGUCCUGCUCCCCCACGACGGGGCCUUCGUCCUGGUCAUGGUGCUGUUCGCCUUCUCCAAUGGCUACCUGGCCAGCCUCUGCAUGGCCUACGCACCCCAGUUGGUGCGUUCCAGAGACUGUGAGACAGCAGGGGCCCUGAUGACCUUCUUCCUGGCCCUUGGUCUCUCUCUGGGGGCCUCCAUCUCCUUUCUGCUUGGCUCCUUGGUUUAGUAAAGGAUCCGUCUUCUUAAUUUACUUCUACUUUUUAUGUUCAAGUGCAUCAACGUGUGGGCGCUAAAAGAUAAUGCAGCAACAACAAAAAGACGAUCAAAGGUUGAUUGGACUGCUGGUAUUUUGUUUGUGCUUUAAAGCAUGGUGGAGUUCCCUUGUGAAUUCAGUACUGCUGCCUGUUAGUUCUGAUUUUGACUUGAACUUCAAGAUCAAGUUGUGCACUUCAGUCAUGACAAGCAUGGCUGCAUUUUUUACUUUUUCAACAUUUUAUUGGAUAUUUAUGUGAAUUUUGUAUAAUUUCGAUAACGUUUUCUAUUUAAUUUUUUAUACAAUACGUUUGAAGAAUCACUUAUUUCGAGAAAAAACAUCAAUAAAAAAAGCUCUAAUAA